AUAUUAUCAAUGCAUGCUAUUGAAUAUAGGGAGGCCUAUCAGUUGUAUUGUGCUCUGUGGGCCAUUUCACAAAGACAAAAAGUUCAUCAGUUACACUAUACACUGAAACUCUUCUGAAAUGCCAUAUCAAACUGCGUGUGUAUAACUUUCAACAUAUCUUGGAGAUUCAUGAUGGCGUCCCCCAAGAAACAUGUAUACCAGGAAGGAGGCUGGGGCUGGGUUGUUGUAUUUGCGGCCUGUGUAGCAGAGUUCAUCGUCAUUGGGAGCUUGAAGGCUUUCGGUGUUCUCAUCACGGCCAUGAAGGAUGACUUCGAUACGGGACUGUGGAUCAUCGGCUCCAUUAAUUCCCUACACCUGGGAGUGCAGUUCAUUCUGACACCCGUGGCCUCGGUUGUAGCUCGGAAAGUCGGAGGGCGCCCUGUCAUCUCCUUUGGCGGUUUUCUCUUUGGACUUGGCGUGGUUCUGUCGGCUUUAACGCAUCAUAUCGCCUUCUUAGCUGUAACUAUCAUAGCAAUUGCAGGUUCGGGCGCAGGAUGCAUUUUGGAGAUAGUGCGUGCAGAGUUUGCCCUGUACUUCCACGAGAAGUACGACUUGGCCAUCUUCGUGUCUCUCCUCGGGGCUCCAAUUGGCUUUUUGCUGUAUGGACCAGCCACACAGGUCCUUUUGGACACCUACGGCUGGCGAGGUGCAAUGGUUAUACUUGGUGGCUUUGGUAUCCAUCUUAUCUGCGCUGGUAUGUUGGUGAGAAGACCUACGGGAAUAUACAAAGCUAUCCCUAUUCAAGACUUAACAACUGAGGACCAAACCACUGAUCAAAACGAGUACCAGGCACGGAGAGAAACCGAGGACCAGACGUGGGAGCAAAGCGAAGAUCAGAUGUCGAAGCAUUGCGAGCACCAGAUUUCGAAGCAAGGUGAGGACCAGAUCUCGAAGCAAAGCCAGAACCAGAUCUCAGAGCACAGCGAGGACCAGCUCUCGAAGAAAAGCGAAGACCAGACCUCAGAGCAAAGCGAGGACCAGCUCUCGAAGCGAAGCACUCAAGGUCCUGAUCCUGUGAAGUGGCGUGAUUCUGUCGUCUCAGCCCUCGGUCUUGAGAUAUUCAUAAAUUUUGACUUUGUGCUGCUGGCAGCCAUCAGAAUGUUCUACAGCAUUUCAUUUGGCGGGAUAUUGGUGUAUAUGGUACCCAACGGUCUGUCUGUAGGGCUUACGAACGGUCAGGCGUCUUUCCUAAGUACGGCCUUUGGCCUUGGUAGCAUGGCAGGGCCUGCUUUAGCGUUUUUUGUGUUGAAAAGAAAGUUGGCAUCGUGUCAAGUGACUGCGAUCAUCGCAGCUGCUGUUAGUGCUGUGGGACUUGCAUUGGAUCCUUUCAUCCCUUCCUUCGCUGGGCAGAUGGUCAAUACGUUCUUCGUAGCAGCUGGUAUAGCCGCUGUUAUUCAGGUGGUAUGUGUGCUGACGAGAUAUCUGCCUUUCACAGUCGAUAAGUUCGUCAUCGUCUUGGGUUGGUUGGGCUUCCUGGGCGGCUUGGCCACUUCCGUGGGUGACACUCUGUCAGGCUUGCUUUAUGACGUCACAGAGAGCUUCUACGGGACCUUUUUCUUGUAUAGCGCCGCUAUGGUAGCCACUGGAUUACUUUUUCUGUUGGACCUUUGCCGCGCUCGUUACCGCGAGUGGUCAAAGGAAAGUCAUGCAUUAUAGCUCCUUAAGUUUACAGAAAUGGAAACAGGGAAAAUUGUUACAAUUUUCGAGCGUUCUUUGUUUUUGUGAACAUUAUUUUUAUUUGACUAGGGGCACGAAACAAAUCAGUCAGAGUGCCGUGCUUACAAAACACCUAUUAAACUUAAUGUGACGUCAUCGGCAAAUUGGCACAAAACUUGCCGGCCCUGCAAAAAGAAAUGCAUUGAGCGUUUUGUGAACAGUUCUGGACACUGCUCUGACAGGAUGGUUGUUACUUUGCCGAUGACGUCACAUAAGGACAAAUCUGUUUUCCCCCCAUUUUUUUUAUAUUUCAUUUGUAUUUUAAAGCUAAAGUAUAUCUUUAUUAGUUUUGGUAGUUCUUCUCUUAAUUAUUCUCUAUUUCUAAUAACGUAUACAUUUACAAAGGUAGGGCAAUGAUAACAAUUGCAAACAUCUGUUAUGUAUCGAAGAGGUUGUCAUAAAAAACGAAACUAACUUGAUUAAUAUUAACUGAUAAGAAAACAUGCAGAUGUACAUAAAACAUCACCGUAUUUACAGCCGUAAAUAUUUCGUAGUUAAUAUCAAUAUAAUUCGUCGUAGCGUGAGAUCUAAGCUCACGUGACCUCAUCCAUCGAACAAGUAUUGCACUAUAUUUACAUAAACAAAACACACACAUUUGUUGAGAAUAUUGUCGUGAGAUGUGUAGGCUGCUUUGUGUAUAAUAGUCUUUAAUUAAGUUUAACAUACCCAGUUUAGACGAAACUGUUUUUUAUUACGUAUUCAACGUGUGGGCCCCAACUUAAUGUUUCGGCAAUAAUAACUCCCAAACAUUUACUAGGCUUUGCUUUGAAAUAUACGAUUAUCAGCAAUGUACAUGUUCAAUUCUGUAUUGGA